UAGGGAACGUCUGCCAAUACUACUAAUGUUACCGGCACAUUCUCUUCAUGCCCCUCCCCCCCAUAUCUACCCAGAAAUGGAUCAGUCCUGUGUCUGUUUAGCAAUGGCCCUUUAUUUGGCUUCUGUCAAAGUAGAUACACAGGGAGGCUCACCAGGACCUCCAGCUCUUGCACAAUCACUGGAGGGCCCCAAACAUCAAUGGCCUCAGCUGUCUGGCUUCCUGAGCUGUAGUUUAAUGACUGGGGGCAGGCCCGGACUGGCAAUCUGUGGGUUCUGGCAAAUGCCAGAGGGGCUGCUAUAAGGUGCCAUAGCAAGUCAGUAUUUAGUGGGCUAGUGGGGGGGGUUGUUUGGGCCUCUGUGUGGGCUUAUUGGGCCUCUGUGUACCUGAAAUGCCAGGGCCUCUUUUAAUUCUCAGUCCGGACCUGACUGGGGCCCCCAAAUAUCAAUGGCCUUUAGCUGUCUGGCAUCCAGAGCUGUUGUUUAAUGACCUGGGGGCCCCAAACCUACACCAAUGGCCUUGAGCUGUCUGACUUCCUGAGCUGUAGUUUGACUGGAGGGCCCCAAACCUCAAUGGCCUUGAGCUGUCUGGCUUCCAGAGCUGUUGUUUAAUGACCUGGGGGCCUCAAACCUACACCAAUUACAUAAGCUGUCUGACUUUCCGAGCUGUAGUUUAAUGACCGGGGAGGGACCAAACCUUUACCAAUGGCCUCAGCUGCCUGGCUUUUAGAGCUGUAGUUUAUAAUGACUGGAGGGCAGCCAGCUGGAUGUUUCUUUUUUAUGUACAUGUUUCCAGUUAGAUUUGGGACUUCCAUUGUUACUAGGGCCCUUCAUCUAAAGCUGCUCAGACACUGGAGGUGGGUGAUAUUGGGCUGAUUGUUGGGCCCAGAUCACAACCAAAGUGAAGACCACAUUAAUGAGACGAUGAGGCCUUUGCUCAGACAAUGUCCAAUCUAUAUUUUCGGGUAGAUAUCAGUCGGAGAAGCCUGUUGGAAGGCCCAAGGCAGUGGGUAGAACUCAGUGAAGAUACAGUCACCCCCGGGGCAUAAAGUCCUAGAGAGAGACAAGCAUGUGGCCCCUAAAAGGCCAGUUUUGUGCUUUUUAUUGGGUCUUUCAGAGACUUGAUUGUAAACAGGAUUAGUUGCUCAUAUGGCAGAGGAACAAGGGAGUAUUGAAUUAUAAUUGUGGGACCACUGGCUAAACAUGAUUCUGAAAGUUGUGCCUACAGAAUAUGGGGAACAAGAUGGCGAGUUAUCCGGGACAUUAUCUCUCGUGCUGACACAGUGCUGUAAACGGAUAAAAGAUACGGUUCAGAAACUGGCGUCUGAUCAUAAAGACAUUCACAGCAGCGUUUCCCGAGUGGGGAAAGCCAUUGAUAAGAAUUUUGAUGCUGACAUUAGCAGCGUGGGGAUUGAUGGCUGUUGGCAAACAGACAGCCAGCGAAUUCUCAGCGAGGUGAUGGUGGAGCACUUCUUCAGACAAGGAAUGCUGGAUGUGGCUGAGGAACUUUGUCAGGAAGCCAGCCUUUCUAUAGACGCAAGCCAAAAAGAGCCGUUUGUCGAAUUAAACAGAAUAUUAGAGGCUUUAAAGGUCCGAGUACUUCGGCCAGCACUAGAGUGGGCCGUAUCCAACAGAGAGAUGCUGAUGGCUCAGAACAGCUCGUUGGAAUUCAAACUGCACAGAUUAUAUUUCAUUAGUUUAUUGAUGGGAGGAACAGUCAACCAGCAGGAAGCACUGCAGUAUGCCAAAAACUUUCAGCCCUUUGCGGAAAACCAUCAAAAAGAUAUACAGGUCCUUAUGGGAAGCCUUGUGUACCUACGGCAGGGCAUCGAGAACUCUCCGUAUGUUCAUCUUCUGGAUGCAAACCAGUGGGCAGAUAUCUGUGACAUCUUUACUCGGGAUGCUUGUUCCCUGCUCGGUCUCUCGGUAGAAUCACCUCUCAGUGUUAGCUUUUCCGCAGGAUGUGUGGCGCUCCCUGCCCUCAUUAACAUCAAGGCAGUAAUAGAACAAAGGCAGUGCACGGGCGUGUGGAACCAGAAAGAUGAAUUACCUAUUGAAGUGGACCUUGGCAAAAAAUGCUGGUAUCAUUCAAUAUUUGCCUGCCCUAUACUCCGUCAGCAAACCACAGAGAACAAUCCUCCUAUGAAACUUGUUUGCGGACACAUUAUAUCCAGAGACGCGCUGAAUAAAAUGUUUAAUGGCAGCAAAUUAAAAUGUCCAUAUUGUCCCAUGGAGCAAAGUCCGGGAGACGCCAAACAAAUCUUUUUCUGAAGAAUUUAAUUCGUUCUGGAUUUUGUUGGACUUGUUUAGUAUGAUUUCCCUGGUGCACUUGAGAAUCUCCAGGGAACGCUCUUUAUCCUCUCUGUACAAAAAAAAAUCACAAUUGUUCUAGGUGGUUUCAUGGAGAUCACACCAGUCCCAACAGCGCAAGGUGAGACUCGCAGCUUUGCCAUAUUUUGAGCUGCAACUUUUAACGCCCGUUAUUUAAUCUUGGUCUUUGAAUUUGACCGAGCGAGCAGCACCAGCAGUGGUCAAAAUGCAGGUUUUUUUUUGGUGAAAGAUGUCUUUUUAUUGCUGAAUCCUCCAAAUGUCCCUUUCCCGUACUUAUUUCACUUAUCCCUUGUUCUAAUUGAUAAUUGUCACUAUAGAGAGAUGUCGUGAGUUCUAUUCCCUCGUAUGGUGUGUGUAUAUAACUAUAAAACAAAUACUACAGAAAGUAUCAUAAAAAUAAUAGCGGAUAUAGAAGUUACUUGUAUUUUUUUGCUAAUGGCUUUUUACAAAUGGCUAAAUUAUCCAGAGUUUUCAUUCAAAGGUUUUUUUUUCCUCUUGUACUGAACGCAAAAAAAGAAAUGUAAAUAAAUAAACUUACUGUCAAAUUUAAAGGAGAGUGAGGGACUGUUUGCUGCUAGGGUUGAAAAUGUGCUUUAAAUAUUGAGAAAUGUUUGUCACAAGACUAUUCAAUAAAAAAAAAAAAUUCUACAGUA